AUGUCCAGCUCAUCGGAAGCUGGAUGUUCGCCCUACAUCGUCAGUUUAGAUGCUGCUACAAUCUUCCUACGCCAUCGAGUACUGCUUUCCUCCAGGGGCUACUUCCCCACUACACUCCUAACAAACAAAUCCAAAUUUAAACUGACUUUUUGCCGACAAAUCGACGGAAUCUCCACGGUCUCUCUUCUUGGUGACCUGUUGAGUGAAGCUUUUAUGGGUAAACUGAAACUUGGAUCAGCGAACGGAAAGACUAGACGUAAUCACUUUCACCGAGGGGGGCGAGAUGGCCCAAGUGGUUACAGCGCGAAUUUACUGACCGGAAGGUCCGUGGUUCGAACCCGACCUCUGCCACUCGACUUUCCCUGUCUAGGCAUGGGCGACCUGGCAGUAUGCCAGCCCUCGUGCUUCCUCCGAGUGGCAUGGCAGUUAGGCACUGGAAGGGUGUUACAGCUGAACGAUCAUUAUUUUAGCAUCAACAAACUCAACGGCUUGGCCAAAAGCUCGGUUGCGUCACACGUUACUGACAAACGUCACGUGAUGAACCCAAACUUGUCUUUUCAGUUUAUCUGCCGAUUAACUAAUAGACUACCAGUAUCGAUCCAGGGGCUUCGCCCCUACUUCAGCCAAAGCAGUCGCAAUAAGAUCUCGAAACCGGCAACUACGCAAUCAAGCACGAUUCGUACAUUCUCAAACAUUCUCAGUCAGCUCAAGCUGGCUUUUUGCACUUCGGAUUUGCGAGAUGGAACUGAUCAAGAUUCUCACGACCGAUCACAAAAACAAUCCACUACAGUCCGAAGGAGAGCUACUGGAGCAGAACGAAAUGCAAACUGGAAGCAAGCGGGAGGUGAAAACGCCAGGGGCACAGUGACCAAUCAAAAGCGUUUUCGACCCCUGCCACACUGUCGACUUCCUGCGAUGUGUGAGGGGAGGGCAGAGAGAUGCAUGUUGUGUCCACUUGAAUACCACUCUAAUGUACUACGUAAGGCUAAACUCCAGGCCGUUUGUUCGGAGUGCAGUGCGUGUCACUUCAUCAUCAUCAUCACCAUCGUCAUCAUCAUCAUCAUCGAAAGCAUGACAUCAACGUUCAACACCAAUGCUUCACUACCGUACAACCAUGAUUUAUUUGAAAGCCUUAUUGUGAAGAAAAGAUCUUUUGCCAGGUCAAGGGUUGGCCACCUCUCUGUUUACGCCAUUCUGAGUUGGGCAUGGAAAACAGCAUUCUUUUCGGCAAACGAUGGUUUGGCAUACGCAACACAUGUCCCAAUCAACGCAAAAUACACUCAUUUGCAAAUCAAUUUGGUUCCCACGAGAGACUCAACUGAAUCUCUCGUUUAUGAUAUUCUACAACUGAAUGUGCUACACACAGGCCGCCUCAUGAUUCAGUUGGAACAAGCGAUGAAUGCCCAUCAGCUCCCAGGGCAGUCGAACGAUAUCAUGGCAGAGGCCACACUUAGAAUCAUGUCCAAUCCCACGGCAAUCGAUCACAUCAACAAACUCGUGCAGCUCGGAAAACACUCAGAUUCCAUGAAAGACAGUGGAAUUGGAACCACUUACCUCACCGCAUCCUCCGGUUCGUCGUCCAACAACACCAGUCCAGAAUCUGAAAAGGAUGCCCUCGCUCAGAAUGGAAAAAAUGCCAAACAUCUGAGCCUGUCAAAAGUCGAUGCCACUUCAACUCCCGCAACGACGGUCAAGCGGAAGUCCAAUAAGACGCUCAAUAGAUAUGAGAACAAUACUGAACACACACUCAAUUCGUCUUUUAUCGAAAGGAAUCAGUUCACUUUCACUGAUGUCGACCAGCUGGGUGCCACACCACUCGCUCCUCGGAAGCGUGGUGCCACUGACAACAACCACCAGGUGUUAUCCCAAACAGACGUGGUCAGAAGGUUUCCAUGUUUGAGCAAACCAUUCUCCUCUCCUACCGGUCAAGCAACUGAGACCGGGCAGUCAGCAGGCAAACGUAGACAACGUCGAAUGCAUGCAUGUGACCACUGUGAAAAGCAGUUCGACAGACCCUCUUUGCUCAAACGACACACUUUGACGCAUACAGGUGAACGUCCGUUUGAAUGCCGCUACUGCUCAAAAGGUUUUUCCACAAGAAGUGGCGUCAAUACACACGAACGAACUCAUACUGGACAACGGCCCUACGUAUGCCGAAUAUGCGGGCGACGAUUUGCUGCAGGUUCAAACCUUAUAUUUCAUAAGUAUACUCAUACAAAUACGCGGCGCCAUCAGUGUAGUCAGUGUCCCAAGGCAUUUGUCACUCCGGGCGAUCUCAGAAAACACGAGUACACACACACUGGUGAAUGGCCAUUUCGGUGCACCUUAUGUGAACGUGGGUUCGCUACAGAACGAAACUUGAAAUCUCACCAAGUCACCCAUACCGGUAAAAAGCCGUUUACCUGUCCAGUUUGUGCGAAAGGUUACGCUCAAGAGAGUUCCAUGAAGACACAUCUCCGCACUCAUCAGAAAUCCAAAGUGGAAAAUGAUGAUAAGCAAAAACAUCGCCUUGGUGGAACUCGCGAUAGGCGAGGCACAGAGAUGACCGGUCCAAAAUCACAUGCUACCUACAGUUCGGCCACACCACCGUUCAUAUACUGCCAGGAAGAAGGAAACGUAGGUGGAGCCAAGGAAGUCAAACAGCCGUUUUCAACAUACAUCCGAGAAGCUGACUACUCUUCCUGGGUUCCGUUGGCAUUACGUCCAGUUCCAAAUGUCCCAUCCGCAUUCACGGUACCUCCACCCAUUCACAAGUUAAGACCACCCAGCCAACCUCCACCUUGUUCACAAGUGCAAAACGAACCCACACAAACACAGUGGUUUUAUGAGCAGUACAAGAAUUACUACCUCCUUUACAUGAGGGCUUUAACUCAGAAUGCCACAAGGCACACCGAGCAAACUUAUCCCAUGGACUUUCAAAACCAAAGGCCACAGAAUCACUGUACAGACUUGAAUAUGGCCGAGGCGCCUAGACCUCAACAAAUGGGUCCGGACUACCCAGUAUUCCCUUUCUCAUGUCCAACUGCCCGCCCCCACAUGACAGGGCCCAACUACUCGUCAAUACCCGUGACAAUUUCAUCUAAUUCAAACCUUUUUGCACUCCCUGAACAGCAAGUGAUACAACCCGUGACGCUGCAACGCCCAGUCGCAAUGUACAGUUCCUACAUAGAUGAUCAAGUGAACGAUGACUGUAACUAUACGGACGUGGCAAUCGAUUACUCUAUGAAACAAAAUCGAAGAUGA